CGGGGCCUCGUCAAGAUGGCGGCGGCUGAGGCGUUGGGCCUGGUGGGCAGGACCGUCAUGGCGGCGGGGCUCGGGGCCCGAUUCUGUCACACAGCAGUCAGUCUCUUCAGCCCAGGGAAGCAACCGUUCCGUCAACGCGGUCAAAGAUCACGAUUUCUUCACCCGCUAACACUCCGGAAUGCAGUGAGAUCCAUGUUUAUUCAAACCCAAGACACCCCGAACCCCAACAGUGUGAAGUUUGUUCCCGGAAGGCCGGUGCUGGAGUCACGGACGAUGGAUUUCUCCACCCCCGCGACCGCCUUCCGCUCACCGCUGGCCAGGCAGCUGUUCCGGAUCGAAGGGGUGAAGAGCGUCUUCCUGGGGCCAGAUUUCAUCACCGUCACUAAGGAGAGCGAAGACGUGGACUGGAACUUGCUGAAGCCCGACAUCUACGCCACCAUCAUGGAUUUCUUUGCCUCGGGCCUGCCGGUGGUGACGGAGGAAGCCCCCUCCGCGGAAGCCGCGACGGAAGAGGAAGACGAAGUGGUGGCGAUGAUCAAGGAGUUGCUGGAUACCAGAAUCAGGCCGACGGUGCAGGAGGACGGAGGCGACGUGAUCUUCCGGGGCUUCGAGGACGGCAUCGUGCAGCUGAAGCUGCAGGGCUCCUGUACUAGCUGCCCCAGCUCCAUCGUCACCCUCAAGAGCGGAAUCCAGAACAUGCUGCAGUUCUACAUCCCCGAAGUCGAAGGGGUCGAACAGGUUGUGGAUGAUGACGAUGAAGAAAAAGAAAUACAAUCUCCUUGAACGCUCUGGAUUUCCCCGAUUUUUGGCUCCCUUUUUACCCUAUCUGCACGAGGAUUUUCCGUAUGGAUUCAGAUAGAACGGGCCGUUUUCUUCAGGGAACAAUACUGAAAUUCAAUCUCCCCCCAAACAGGAGAGAAAAUGCCUCUAUUAUUAAAAAAAAACCCUCCGGAA